AUGUCUGACCCUCAAGAAACUCACGUAGAGCAACUACCAGAAUCUGUUGUUGACGCACCAGUCGAAGAACAACACCAAGAACCACAGGCUCCACAGGCUCCAGAGGCUCCACAAGUUCCCCAGGAAUCCGCUCCACAGGAAUCUCUUCCACAGGAAUCCGCUCCACAAGAACCACUAGCUCCACAAGAACAACAUGACGUUCCUCCACCAUCCAAUGCUCCGGUUUACGAAGGCGAAGAAUCUCAUAGUGUCCAAGACUACCAACAGGCCCACCAACACCACCAACCACCCGAACCCCAACCAUAUUAUCCUCCUCCUCCUCCUGGUGAACACAUGCACGGUCGCCCACCAAUGCACCACCGUCAAGAAGGUGAACUUUCGAAUACUAGGUUGUUUGUUAGACCUUUCCCAUUAGAUGUUCAAGAAUCUGAGUUGAAUGAAAUCUUUGGUCCAUUUGGACCAAUGAAGGAAGUCAAGAUCUUGAACGGUUUUGCGUUUGUUGAAUUUGAAGAAGCAGAUUCUGCUGCCAAAGCUAUUGAAGAAGUUAACGGUAAAAGUUUUGCCAAUCAACCUUUGGAAGUUGUUUACUCGAAAUUGCCUGCCAAGAGAUACCGUAUCACCAUGAAAAACUUACCAGAAGGUUGUUCAUGGCAAGAUCUUAAAGAUUUGGCCAGAGAGAAUAGUCUAGAAACUACUUUUUCUAGCGUCAACACCAGAGAUUUUGACGGUACUGGUGCUUUAGAAUUCCCUAGUGAAGAGAUCUUGGUCGAAGCCUUGGAGAGAUUAAACAACAUCGAAUUCAGAGGCUCUGUCAUUACUGUUGAAAGAGAUGACAAUCCUCCACCAAUCAGAAGAUCAAAUAGAGGUGGCUUUAGAGGCCGUGGUGGCUUUAGAGGCGGCUUCAGAGGCGGCUUCAGGGGUGGCUUUUCUAGGGGCGGCUUUGGUGGCCCCAGAGGUGGAUUUGGUGGUCCAAGAGGCGGCUACGGUGGCUAUUCCAGAGGCGGCUACGGUGGCUACUCCAGGGGCGGAUACGGUGGCUCCAGAGGUGGUUACGAUAGCCCUAGAGGCGGUUACGAUAGUCCAAGAGGCGGUUACUCCAGAGGCGGCUAUGGCGGGCCAAGAAAUGAUUACGGUCCUCCAAGAGGUAGCUACGGUGGUUCAAGAGGUGGUUAUGAUGGUCCAAGAGGCGAUUAUGGUCCUCCAAGAGAUGCAUACAGAACCAGAGAUGCUCCACGUGAAAGAUCUCCAACCAGGUAA